AUUCCCCAUAUUAUCCAAGUCCAUUAGUACCCAAAUCCUCUUAAGACAGUUCCGUACAGAUUUUCUCCUCCAUUUCUCUCUCUCUCUCUCUCUCUCUCGUUUCUUCCAGCUCCCGGAUUUCAAACUCGCUGUAGAUUCAGCUAUAUUCACUUCGAAUUUUACCCACUCAUUUCAAUUUUGCAAUUAUUUCGAAUUUUGAAGGCAGAGGGUUUAUUGGAUUUGCGUGUAGAAUAUUGAUGGCUGCGAGCGCGAACCCCUCGGCGGGUAAUAAUAACAAUAAUAGUGGUGGUCAAGAAGGCACCAGCAAUGCGAAUGGCGCCGCCAGUAAUGGUCUCUCCGUUCCGGAAAAUUCUGUGGUUGGCCCCACACAGGCGGCUCUACGACACAAUCCAGGUCUUGCCGUCGAUUGGACUCCCGACGAACAGUCUCUCCUCGAAGAAUUGCUCGCCAAAUAUGCAACAGAAAGCAACAUAUCUAGGUAUGCUAAAAUUGCAAUGCAGUUAAAAGACAAGACUGUUCGAGAUGUAGCAUUGAGAUGUAGAUGGAUGACUAAAAAGGAGAUUGGAAAGCGCAGAAAAGAUGAUCAUAACUCAAGGAAAAAUAAAGACAAAAAGGAAAAAGUUACAGAUUCUGUGCAAAAAUCUAGCCAUGUUGCUAAUCGUGCAAAUGGUCCUCCCUAUGCUCAAUCUGUUAUGUCAAUGGACAGUGAUGAUGGAAUUUCCUACAAAGCCAUUGGUGGUACCACUGGACAGCUUCUUGAGCAAAAUGCUCAGGCCUUGGAUCAAAUAUCUGCAAAUUUUGCUGUUUUUAAGAUCCAAGACAACAUUAACCUUUUCACUCAAGCUCGAAACAAUAUCCUCACCAUCUUAAAUGAUCUGAAUGACAUGCCAGAAAUAAUGAAGCAGAUGCCACCCCUCCCUGUAAAGCUAAAUGACGAGCUUGCCAGCUUAAUCCUUCCGUCUAGGCCACCCUUGCCAAACAAAUCAUGAGAUCCUGGUUUCUAUAGGGCUUGGGCUAUCGAUAGAUGUUUCUUAGAGUUUACUGAAGUUGAGAUCCUCUGGAUUACUUAGAUAGCAUAAUAAAAUAGUGAAUCUAGUCUAGUUAUUCCUCGUGGAAAUAUGUAUCAAGAUGAGUUCCUUUGGGCUGUUAGGACUCUCCAUUUGUUUACAUUAGUUAAUUCUCUUUUUAUAGUAUGUAGUUUUGUGUUUGAUGUUGAUUUAUUUUAGCUAGCUGGGUUAGCAUGUGCAUAUAGUUGGAGUAGGAAGGAUUGCUGUUUCUGUAAAUUAAUUGAUGCAAAUAAGUUAAAUCCACUGUUUUUGUUGCAA